AUGUCUCUGAUUCCAAGUGUUUUCAGCAGACGAAGCAACGUUUUCGACCCAUUCUCUCUCGACGUUUGGGACCCUUUUCAGGAUUGGCCUUUUAGUUCAGCCCUCUCCGCUCCAAUUCGUUUAGACAUUUCUAACGAGACAUCUAAAUUUGCCGCCACUCGGAUUGACUGGAAAGAGACUCCGGAAGGCCACGUGUUCAAGGCUGAUCUUCCGGGACUGAAGAAGGAGGAAGUUAAGAUCGAAGUUGAGGAAGGGAAUGAUUGGCCUUUUAGUUCAGCCCUCUCCGCUCCAAUGCGUUUAGACAUUUCUAACGAGACAUCUCAAUUUGCCGCCACUCGGAUUGACUGGAAGGAGACUCCGGAAGGCCACGUGUUCAAGGCUGAUCUUCCGGGACUGAAGAAGGAGGAAGUUAAGAUCGAAGUUGAGGAAGGGAAUGUUUUGCAGAUUAGUGGAGAGAGGAGCAGGGAGCAAGAGGAGAAGAAUGAUACUUGGCACCGUAUGGAGAGGAGCUCCGGAAAAUUCCUCCGCCGGUUCAGGCUGCCGGGAAAUGCAAAGAUGGAUAAGAUCAAAGCUAGCAUGGAGAAUGGGGUGCUAACUGUUACAGUUCCUAAAGAAGAGGUGAAGAAGCCUGAAGUUAAGGCCAUCGAUAUUUCUGGCUGA